CAAAACUAAAUCCCAAAUCCCUAGGUAUAAAUUGCCAUCUGCUAUCGGAGCGUAGCGCCGAAGAUCAAGUGUUCAUCAACUCUGCCAUCAUAAACCCAGGAGCAGAGCUUGCCGAAUUUCGGAUCCAUUAGUCUUCGCACUUCGAAUUAUAAGAAAUGAAGAUUAUCGCGGCUUACUUGUUGGCUUGUUUGGGUGGCAACACCUCCCCCACCGCCGAUGACUUGAAGGAUAUCCUUGCCUCAGUUGGAGCCGAGGCUGAUGAUGAGAGAAUUGAAUUGCUCUUAUCUCAAGUUAAGGGCAAAGAUAUAACUGAACUGAUUGCCGCUGGAAGAGAGAAGUUGGCUUCAGUCCCAUCAGGUGGUGGUGCAGUCGCUGUUGCUGCACCUGCUGCUGGUGCAGGUGGCGGCGCUGCACCUGCUGCUGCUGAAACAAAGAAAGAAGAGAAAGUUGAAGAGAAAGAAGAGUCUGAUGAUGAUAUGGGCUUCAGUCUGUUUGACUAAGAACAGCAACAUUUGUCCUUUAGUACGAAACAGUUCUGCAACUUACCAUCAUCAAGUUUAUUAUAGAAGAUCUUUCAUCUGUUUAUGUUUUUGUCAUGAACUUAUAGUUUUGGGUUUCAGAAUUUUCUUUGCUAAACAAGUUGAAUAAGACAUCGAAGAUAUAAUGUUCUUAAUUUGGAGUUUCAUUUUCUUGUACUUUGUGGAAUUUAACUUUUUAUCUAAUUAUGGUUUCGGUGUGCUAUAAUCCA